CGGGGCUCCCGGAAAGCUCUGCGCGCGGUCUUCGGGAGGCAGGGUUGCUUGGGCUCGCAACAGGGCCGCCGUGGGGUCUCUGUACUCCCAGCUUCAACGUCUCGGGCGGCCGAGUCUCUACUGGUGGCUGAAUUCCUAGACCCUGCUAAACAUUUACCAUUUUGGAAUUUAAAGUAUGACAUCAUGGCAAAGUUUCGAAGAAGGACUUGCAUCACUUUGUCACUUUUUAUUCUAUUUAUUUUCUCUCUGAUGAUGGGUUUAAAAAUGCUGAGACCACAUAAAGCUGCUUUUGGAGAUCCUUUUGGACUUGACCUUCUUCCAGAAAUUCGGCAACAAGCUCCUCAUUUGGUAAAAACUUUUGAUUCCCAAAAGAGUGACAAAAUCGACAGUGAAACAAACGUCAAGAAUUUAAAAAGUGUUGAAAUCACUGUGAAAACUUCCAAAGCCUCUGAACCUUACCCGGAAGAACUGCCACCUGGGAAUUAUUAUUUACAUGUAUUUUAUUACAGCUGGUAUGGAAAUCCACAAUUUGAUGGUAAAUAUAUACAUUGGAACCAUCCAAUCCUCUCGCAUUGGGACCUUAGAAUAGCCAAGAAAUAUCCACAAGGGAAACACAACCCCCCAGAUGACAUUGGCUCCAGCUUUUACCCUGAGUUGGGAAGUUACAGCUCUCGGGAUCCUUCUGUCAUUGAAACUCACAUGAAACAAAUGUACUCAGCUUCAAUUGGUGUACUAGCCCUAUCUUGGUACCCACCUGACUCAAAUGAUGAGAAUGGAGAACCUACUGAUAACUUGGUACCAACUAUUUUGGAUAAAGCUCAUAAAUAUAAUCUGAAGGUCACUUUUCAUAUUGAACCAUAUAAGAAUCGAGAUGAUAAAAACAUGUACCAAAAUGUCAGAUACAUUAUAGACAAAUAUGGAAAUCAUCCUGCCUUUUACAGGUACAAGACUAAGAACGGCAGUGCUCUUCCACUGUUUUAUGUCUAUGAUUCCUAUAUCACAACAGCUGAAAAAUGGGCCAAUCUGUUAACCAGUUCAGGGUCUCAGAGCAUUCGCAACUCUCCUUAUGAUGCAUUGUUUAUUGCACUUCUAGUAGAAAAAAAACAUAGAUAUGAAAUUCUUCGAGGUGGUUUUGAUGGAAUUUAUACGUAUUUUGCCACAAAUGGCUUUACUUAUGGCUCAUCCUAUGAGAACUGGGCUAAGCUAAAAUUUUUUUGUGAUCAGUUUGACCUAAUGUUCAUCCCAAGUGUGGGCCCAGGAUACAUAGAUACCAGCAUCCGUCCGUGGAACACUCAAAACACUCGCAACCGAGUCAAUGGGAAAUAUUAUGAGGAUGCUCUGAGUGCUGCACUCCAAGCCCACCCCAGUAUAAUUUCCAUCACCUCUUUUAAUGAGUGGCAUGAAGGAACUCAGAUUGAAAAAGCUGUUCCCAAAAGAACCAGUAAUACCGUGUACCUGGAUUACCGGCCUCAUAAACCAAGUCUUUAUCUAGAUCUAACUCGUAAGUGGUCUGAAAAAUACAGUAAGGAAAGAGCAACUUAUGCAUUCAAUCACCAGCUACCUGUUUCUUAAUGGAUUGAUUAAAGUUUAAUAAUUAUAGAAAUCACCAAAUUUCAAUACAUUCCUUUUGAGUUUUGGAAAGAAAACUGUCAAAGUCAGUAUGUACUAUUAUCUCUAAUAAAAAUAAUUUGUACAUUUUUAAAGGUAGUAAUAUUAUCAUUGCCACCUUUCACGAUGGCAAUGUUGCACUGAGAAAAGUUGUGCAAAUAACAUUCCUUGUGGCAUAAUUUGGUGAAUUUCUGACUGGAAUUGAAAUCCUGCUUUAUAGCUAUUUUUGUGUUUCACAAUAGGUAAUUGCUUGUGUUAUAUAGAGUAGUUAGUACACAAUUAAAUCCUACUUGUAUUCUGGGCCCAAAGAAAAAGGACUGUGUAUAUAUUUGUUAUGUCUAUUGAAGAACAAAGACCUAAAAGAUAAUGUACAUGGUUCCUUUUUCAUUUUUUUAAUGAUCCAGUCAACUUCAUCAUAUUAGCAUUCAGACUCUGGAUAACUCUCCAAUAACAAUUCUUCAGAAAAAAAUCAUAUGCCUUAAGCCUUACUGUGAACCAUAUUGUGUUAGGAAGGUCUGCUUUCUAUAGCACAAUAUGUAUCAUCAUUUGCAGAUUUUUGGUUUCCUAGAGCUUGCUAGGUGUUUUGCAUGUCUAAUGUUUCUGCAUUAUAAUGCUGAAUUUCAGGCUUUAGAAGGAAAAUCUUUUCAUAAAGGUUAAGGAUUGCUUCUCAGUUAUUAAAAAAAAAAUAGCUGCUCUACAAUUAUGAAAAUACAGUGCCUCAAAUGUUAUUUUAGGAUACCUUGUCAAUCUUUAACUUAAUUUAUUAUUCAUAUUUUUAAAUUUACUGUUAAUCAGAGACCAACAGAUAAGAAAAAGUUAAUACUAUCAUUGGAUUGACUUCAAGAUUUUAAGCUGUUCCUACUAAAACUAAUAGAGAAAUUUUACUUACCAUUUCAGAUUUUAAGGAUAUGGAAAUGAAAGUUCAUUACUAAGUUUGACUUUUUAUUAGGUAUAACACUUAAUGAUGGAAAUAUUUAAGACUUUAUUGUCUAUAAUAUAACAUCCCCAUCUAAAAACAUUAUACUUUUAUGUUACCUAACAGGUUAAA